ACAUCUCUAACGCGCCUGCAGGGACAGCCUGAACACAGAGAAUGUGGAGGGAAAGACGGACGCCGGGAGCCUCGACCAGUGGCCUGGGACACCCCUGCCGACACCGCGACAGCUCAGGAGCCCCACGACACUACUCUCCAGCCCCAGGCCAGUCUGAACCCGUGACGGGCACUUGUCGUGGUCCCGAGGCAGCGCCCGGUGACGGCAGCCGCUGGUGCCGCUCCCCCCUACAUCGGUUGCCCUGGGACCUCUGUCCGUGGGCCCCCGCUGUCUCGGCAUUUUCCCGGGCACUCAGCUCGGGUGGCAUUUCAGCCCACGGUUUGUACCUGCCGGGGAUGGAGUGAGGCCCCGCGGGGAGCCCCAGGCCACAGACUCUAUUGCCUAUUUGCUGCUAGACAAAAUAGCCUCCAGUCUGGCGGUGCGUCUGCUGCGUGGCCAUCUCUGGAAACUCACUGAGUUCCACGCCCACAAUCGAGUUGGGGAGGCAGUGCUUGGGGGGAGGUGGGCCUGCACGUGGGGAGAAUGUGCUAGAAGGCUUCUCUGCAUGGCCUCCUCUUCUGGAUCCUCCAGGCCCCAGAGACCAGAGAAGGAUCCCGGAGCUCAAACCCUGGCCACCAACCAGGACGGGUGCCCCUGCCACCGUCAGUGGAGGAAAGGGAAGGAAGCCAGCCAGUGUGAGGCCCCCGGCUCCCGGCCGGCCCCACAGUCUGCCUGGGAGGUGGUGGCCGGGUGUGAAGGGGGGCACGUGCAGGCUGAGGAGAGGCAAGGAAGGAGAAGGCCUCCUCCUGCUCUCCUCCUCCUCCUCCUCCUCCUUCUGCAGGGUGGUGGUGGGACACACCUGACUAACCUGUUCACCUAAGCAGCCAUCGGCCAUGUGGCCUCGGGGGACCCACGGCGUGGGUAGACUAGGAGGGUCUCCGGGGAGGACCUCAGCACCCUGUUGGGACGAUGCUAAAAGGCCCGCGUGGCCCACACCCUUGACCGUGGACGCCCGCCCCAGCCUCUGCUCCCUGCUUGAAAGCGUGCAUCUCGGUAGGGACUCUCGAGACCCACGGGCCCGGAGAACGACCUCUGACCUCUUGAAGGACGCAGGCCAGCGGAGGUCAGCCGGCACCCGGGGAGCUAGGUGUGGGAUGGAUGGACGGUCUGGGGUUGGCCCCGGAUGUUGGGUGUGUUACUUUUUUCUAAAGAUUUUUUUUUUAAUUUAUUUGUUCGACAGAGAGAGAGAGAUCACAAGUAGGCAGAGAGGCAGGCAGAGAAAGAGGGGGAAGCAGGCUCCCUGCCGAGCAGAGAGCCCGAUACGAGGCUCGAUCCCAGGACUCUGAGAUCAUGACCUGAGCCGAAGGCAGCGGCUUAACCCACUGAGCCACCCAGGGGCCCCUGUUGGGUGUGUUACUUUAAAGCCAUAGACGAGGCUCCCCUUGCCCAGGGAAGGACCGGGUGUGGCCAGAAGGUUGGCGUGCCGACAGGUCACUCGUGUGGCUGGCCCUUUAUCAGGUCACUGGCUGGCUGGCUUGUGAUGUCACCCCCCAAGUAACUGGAGCCCCUUUGUGAUGUCCCCGGGCCGCCCUGUUAUCAAGGGGUGCAGCCGGCCAGGCCGCACUCGCAGGUCUACAGGAAGGAGGGGCGCGCCGGAGCGGAGUAUGGCCAGCAAGGAGAAGCGGGGCCCGCCGGGCCCGGCGCAGGGCUUGGGGCCGCCGCCCUCCCCUCCAGAAGAGGGGGCUCCUGCCGCCGUGGGCCCGGAGAGCAGCGCUCCUCCAGCACAGCCUCCGCUCACCCUGGCGCAGCCGCAGCCGGUGUCCCCUGGGGACCCUGGCUUCAGGCUGCUGCUGGAGGAAAACGCUUUCCAGGCCUUGGCCCAAGAGCCUCUGCUCAAAAGGCCGCGCACCUCCCAGGACGCCCUGUCGGUGGGAGAAGGCAGCCUCCUCUGCCUGCCCUUUCCCAAGAGGCUGUGGGCCAUCGUCAACAGCACCCAGUUUGCGUCCAUUUGGUGGGCCAAGGAUGGCACCUGCAUAGGCAUCAACGAGAAGCUGUUUCAGAAGGAGGUUUUGGAGCGGGAGGGUCCGGACAAAGUGUUCGAAACGGACUGUAUGAAGAGUUUCGUCCGCCAGCUCAACCUGUAUGGAUUCAGCAAACUGCGCCGGGACGUGCACACAUCCAUCUGCCUUACCAGCUUUCUCACCGGAGGGGCCCCUGUUCACGUCCUGAGCAAGUUACAGUUCUACAGGAGCCCCUUCUUCAAGAGAGACUGUCCUCACCUGCUCCUGAGGAUGAAGAGGAGAGUGGCCGUGAAAUCCACAGUAAGGCAGAUGGAAAGCAAGCCCGAGCCCGACACCCUGGGCGUCCCCCCGGCGGCACCGACACCCGGCCCGCGGCACGAGGGAGUCCUGUCCUCUGCCGGGGACCCGCCGGAGCCAGAGAGCAGCCCGCAGGGCGACGGCCCCACCAUCCAGGGCAGGAGCGGGUCGGCCCCUCCUGCCAUUGCCGGCGCGGCGGCCAGGACCACCGUGGCCGACACCCGCGCCGCGGCAGGCCGGCCCGUGCACGGCCAGCCCCAGGGUGCCCAGGCGUCCAUCUGCCUCGCGCCGCCCGUGGCCCAGCCCGCGACCUUCCCCUGGGUCUGUGUCACCCUGCCCCCCGCGCAGAUACACCCUUUCGCGUCGGGGCUGGGCCUCGCCCCCGGGCCCCCCGUGCUCCUCCCCGGGCCCACCGUGCAGCUCCCCGUGGCUGGGCUGCUGCCGCUCUACCACCCCUGGGGGCCCGGCGUGGCCGUUCUGCCUGGUGUGGCUGCCGGACCCGUCACCCCCGUGACCCUGACCCCUCACCCCCCGAGCCCCUUCCACUGCUGUCCCGACUGCCGCUGUUUCCCCGAGUACCUGCCACCGACCGCUCGGCCCCCCGAUGGCCCCCGCUAGGCACACCACCGCAGCCAGGGCCGUCUGGUUGUCGGAAAUCAGGCAGGUUAAUAAAACGUGUCAGAGAGGGAGCCCCUUGUUGAUGAACCCAGUGC